AAAAAUGUAAACCGGAAAUACGAAAUGGGUCGGAAACGGAAGUUAAGAGUGUAUGUGAAAUGGAAACAAAAACUUGUUGGUUUAACAAAAAUGGCCACCGUGAAACGUGAAUCUAGGGGGAAAUGUAGUUUUCUAGACAAAAAUACAAGGAUCUCCAACGACUGGAAUACCACAUACAAAGAUGACUUCGUCUAUAGAUACAAGUCCCUCAAAGAGUUGUCGCGUCUCUCCACCAAGGAACAAGAGAAAAAGAAGCCGGCUGAGCCAAGGCCUUCUAUGGGAGAGCACUCUCAGUUGCCGGUGACCAGCACGGACUUGAGCGGGAACGAUUACGGGGGCUGGGAUGCUUCCCUUCUGCCUUACUUUGAAGCGGAAACUGCCAAAGACUCCUGGCUUCCGGUCUCUGAGACCAACAAAGAGAGCCAUGUUCUAGCAACCAAUGAAGAUGCUAAGUUUCAGAAGAUAGAUCAAACCAGAGUCAUUUACUACAAUGAACUUCCCAUCUGGAAACAGCCUCCGUUACCUGGAGAUAUACUUCUGCCUCAUCCUCAAGCUCUAAAGACCAAGGAUUGGAAAGGUGUGAAAAUACCAUUUGAAGAUUCGAGAUUUGAGCCCCUGUACUUGUCUGACAGAGACACUGAUUUUAUGACUUGCAAUCUCGACCCGUUUCGAUACUUUCACAGAAAAAAGAAAUUUCCCGAAAAGAGGAGAUGCCCGUAUCUGCCGAUACCCAAAGAAGCGUAUCGAAAGCUUGACCAGUUAGGCAACUUCACCAGCGUCCGGCACACCACCAUGCCUGACAGACGGUUGUCAAAGAAACGCUUCCCCAGACCUCCCGAGUCCUUUCUCACGCGCUUAUGGUGACGAUGACGUUAUGCAGCUAAAACCAGUUUUAAAACAAAUUCGGCCUCCUAAGAUCCUAGAGCAUCUUAUAACGUUUUGUUCAAGCAAAGUCGUCUUACAAAUGUUCAAUUGUGAAAUAAAGGAAAGCUAUAUAAUAACCAAAUAAAAGAAAUGUAUCUGACGUGUAUAUACCAAUUUAGAUUGACUAGAGAGAGAAGAGACUGUUCCAUAAUUUCUAAUGUAUAUGUAUGCAAUGAGUAAACUGCUGCUUGCAAAGUCUUACAGCUCUUUAAUUGUAGGCAUGUUGGUUCCGUCCCUGUAAGACUGACUUUUGAUCAGAAAUAACUUUCAUUUAUGGGAGAGAGGAUAAAAACUAAGUGCACGCUAGACAAGAGUCACGUGUGGGCAACAAGUUCAAGUUUUAUACAGAAAAACAUGCGCACAUUUUUAGUCAGUAGUCUCUUCUUUUAUAACUCGUCUUUUAGUAGUUUUAAAACCCGGGGCAGUGCGAGGUACAUCUCUUGGACUGGGCAGUGAGAUUUUGGACUGG